AUGAGCACCACAACCGACGAGGAAAAUCCUCCUCUUCAGAAUUCGAAAAUGUUCGGACUUUUUAAGAACCCAGAUCCUGGAUUCACGCAAACCGGAAUCUCAAUGUUCGCAACUUUCGUCCUCACCAAUAUGUUCGUAUAUGGUAUUUCAGGACGAGCAAAGUUAGCCUACGCUCUUAGCAUGGCUUCUAUCCCUUGUGCUGUUGUCCUCAGUGUUCGAGAUUCCCAGAAAGACUACGAAAAAUGGAAAGAAAUGCGGUUGUUAAGGCUGAAGGGUGUUCCGGAACGUUUCAUGCCAUACAAGUGCAAGUAUGACUGGUCCGAGUACGAUCUGCGAAAAAUUCGGGAAGAAAAAUAA